GAUAGAGAAAGGCGGAGCGGAGAGAUUGAAAGAUAGGAGGGAAGGCGAGAGAGCCACUCUUAUCAGCGGGCGGCAUCGACAAAUCGAAGACAAAACAAAAAGCCGUCAUUAAUCCCGCUGAGAAAGUCGAGCGCAUCGCUUGUCGCACGGAAUGCUGUCGCUCCUUUUGGUUUUGGCCACCCUCGCCAGGAUCCACGCCCACUACACCAGUGGGGAUGUGGUCUACCACCCACUGCCACACUUCUGGACGGGCGUGGGCUUCUGUCCCGCCGGACGGAUCGAUCACAGAGGGGUUAGCUCCGCCCUGGGCGAUCCUGCCCUGCGGAUGAAUCUCCGACAGAUUGCCGCACUGCCCGUUGGUGCGGUGACCCACAUUCGCAUCCACUGGCUGCUUGAAUUGGUCGAAUUCUGGCAGUACGACCAGAGUGGAGCUCCGAUUUAUGAUUACUCCAAGUUCGAUGACUUUAUUGAUUUCCUUUACGAGGAACUGCGCUUGUCUCCCGUGCUUGAGUGGAUGGGCAAUCUGGGUGGGGUUUUCACGGAGAACCCCCAGCAGCAACCUUUUUACUGGGAGCACUUGGUAAAAACCACGAUUAACCACCAGUUGGCAAGACAUGGUUCCGCGAGAUUGGUUAACUGGCGCUACGAGACCUGGAACGAGCCGGACCUUCGUGGCUACAAUAAACUCAAUCUUACGUCUCAAUCCUAUCUGGAUUAUGUUCAAGCCGUGCGUCGAGGUCUCAGUAAAGCUGGCAAUCUGGACACUCUACCCAUGUAUCGGGUUUUACGAGGUCCUGCUGGACUCUUCAAGGACCUAAAUAAACAUCCUCUUUGUUGGAAGUUGUUGGAGCUUUGUAGUCAGCGGGUGGUUUAUUGUCCAAUCGAUGUACUCACGUUCCAUCGAAAGGGAAUCGAAGGUACUGCCACGGAGAUCGUGAAUGGUUCGCUAUCUUUAAUGGCUAAGAUCUACGGGGAGUAUCCGAAUCUAAAAUCUCUACCGGUGGCCAACGAUGAGGCUGACCCAGUGGCUGGAUGGAGUACUCCCCGGGAGUUUCAGGCGGAUGUUCGGUAUGGAGUCACUUUAAUGUCUACAGUGAUGCAGUACUGGCAUGCAAAACUAGUUGCCGGACCACUGAGUACCUUGGAAUCGAUUAGCCACGACAACGCGUUCCUGAGUUACCAUCCCCACGAGUUCACACAGCGUACUCUCCUAGCCCACUUCCGGAUGAACAAUACAAAUCCACCGCACUCGCAAUUCAUUCAAAAACCAGUUUACGCUGCCCUUGGAAUGCUGGCCAAGUUGGGAGGCCGGGCUGCCGAUUUGGAACUGGUCAACAUGGACACCAAGCACAGCGUGCAGGUCCUUCGUACAGUUUCCGGGGGAACAGCUGGUCCUGGUCAAUAUAUGGCCACCAUAUUCCUUAGUCCCGAGGAAGCUGGUCCUAAAAUGACAGCAUUCCAUCACAAAUACACGCUGAACAUGUCCAUAGCGAACGAGUCAGCAUUUAUUACGGAACUUCUGGUUCCCCAGACCACGGAUCCGUAUCACGUGUGGCAACAAGCGGGAAGUCCAUCGUAUCCCAACGCCACUUUGAGGGAAGCAAUGCGAAGGGCGCAGACACCAAGGCUCUACGAAACGGGACCGAUUUGGCAGUACAACAGCGAGGUGGUUAUCAACUCCGCCAGCAUUCCCUUGCCCUGGGCGAUGCUUCUCCGGGUGUGUUCCGCUUCGUGGCCUAAGCUGCGACGGCCACAGCAACUCUCCAUCGUGGAGGUUACUCAUCGUGAGGUUUUCAUCACCUGGAUGGAGCACCCCAAAUCCACGCAGUGCCUUCUUAGCUACGAGGUGUGGUUUAAGGAGCGCGACAGCAUGGGCUUAUCCGCCGAAUGGAAGCUCAUCUCCCGUGAUUGGCACCUGCCGUAUCCGUCGUUUCAGUUUGCGCCCGGAGAAAAGGGAACCGUCAAUGGUUUCUAUAAGGUUCGUGGAGUGGAUGUUUUUAAUCAAACGAGCCCGUACUCGCAAAUAGUGGAAUACCUGGAGUUGUAGUUGAACAAACCGUUUAUAAAUCAAAAGAACAUAUUUAAAGUGCAAGCAAACAUAAUCAGGCUUCGGCCGGGCGCUAAUGGACCUCCUUCUACUCUCUAUCUGUCUCUCUGGGAAUGGACUGACUUCACCGGCACAAUCUUCUGGACUUGCGCCUUCGCCUUAACGCCGGCAAUAUCUUAUAUACAUUAUAUAUAUAUAUAUAAAUAGAUAUAUUAUCUGUGUUGUGUUCGUAAUACAUAUAUGCCUUUAUCCUGCGAGGGAAUCGGCGAAAGCGUA